AUGGACAUACUAUACCGUCCUAUGCUGCUCUCCAUUUAUGUUUGUCGGGCCUCGAGAACCGUGUUGGCUAACAUCUUCGUUUCUUUUUCUGGAUUCUUAGGCGAGCGGAAGGCGUUCGAAGUCUACAGCUGCGAUGUUUCCCCAGAUGGAAGCCGCCUGGUAACAGCAGCGGGAGAUGGAUACGUUCGGAUAUGGUCUACAGAAGCUAUAUGCGGGGCUGAGGAUGCCAACAAGCCGAAGCAGCUGGCCUCGAUGAGCAACCACUCUGGCACAAUUCACACAGUUCGCUUCUCGCCGAAUGGGAAAUACCUGGCUUCCGGCGCGGACGAUAAGAUUGUUUGUAUUUAUACGUUGGACGCGAACCCGCCGUCCCAUGCUGCAAGCUUCGGCUGGUCUUGUGACUCGUCCAUCCUGGUUUCUGUCGGGCUGGAUUCUAAGGUGGUUGUUUGGUCGGGUCAUACGUUUGAGAAACUGAAAACUCUCUCGGUGCACCAGAGUCACGUUAAGGGGAUUACGUUCGAUCCGGCGAACAAGUACUUCGCAACGGCGAGCGAUGAUCGGACGGUACGGAUUUUCCGCUUCACAUCACCAGCUCCGAAUUCCACUGCCCACGACCAGAUGAACAACUUUGUGCUUGAACAGACCAUUACUGCGCCUUUUCAGAACUCCCCGCUCACGGCUUACUUUCGGCGGUGCUCGUGGUCUCCAGAUGGGUUGCACAUUGCUGCCGCGAAUGCGGUCAAUGGACCGGUGAGCUCUGUGGCUAUCAUCAAUCGUGGAGGCUGGGAUGGAGACAUCAAUCUUAUCGGUCACGAAGCGCCUGUCGAAGUUUGUGCCUUUUCUCCCCGAUUGUACUCUCCGCAGCCGAUAAAAAAAAAUCAACAGGAUAGUCAUGACCAUGUGGCACAGGCCCCUGUGACAGUAAUUGCUUGCGCUGGAGGCGACAAAUCACUCAGUGUUUGGAUUACGAGUAAUCCACGACCGAUUGUGGUGGCACAGGAAUUGGCGGCGAAAUCUAUCUCAGACUUGGCAUGGAGUCCGGAUGGCAGCUGCCUGUAUGCAACUGCGCUGGAUGGCACUAUUCUUGCGGUCCGGUUCGAGGAUGGAGACUUAGGCUAUGCUAUGGAGUUGGAGGAAAAUGAGAAGUCACUCACCAAAUUUGGUACGAACCGAAAGGGUGCAGGUAUCGCUGAGACUACAGACGGCCUGCUUCUUGAAGAGAAGAGCAAGGCUGGCGAGCUUAAAGGGGUCGAAGGACGUAUGGGUGCUCUGAUGGGCGACGGUCAUGCUACAGGUGAUGCCGUGGCCAAUGGAAAACCGACACCUUUGCCAUCAACAUCAAAUGGCGUCACCCCAGCUGCUCCGUCUCCAUCGACUGAUGCUCAGAAAUCACAGCCGAACGGCACUGCAGCGCCAUCAGCAUCGGAGACUGAGAAGCCUGAUCCUUACCAAGCCAAGCUAGAGCGACUAAAGCAGCGGCCCACGUAUACCAAGGAUGGAAAGAAGCGUAUUGCUCCUUUGUUGGUGUCUGGCGCCGGGGGUGCCGAGUCAUCGCUACCACAAGCACGGUUAAUGGCGUCCGUGAGCAGCCAGGUCAAGGCUGAUACGCCGCAAUCCAUCGUCGAUCUCUCCAAGCCGUUUGAUGGGUUACCGAAGGGUGGCCUCGCUACAUUGCUUUUCGGAAACAAGAGGAAGUUGGCACAGUUAGAAGACGAAGAGGAUGGCCACACCGAAAAACGUGUGGCUUUGGCAAGCCAGAAUGGCGCGACUCCUAUACUUACCAGCGCACCUGAAGGCCUCCUCCCGGCGCAGCCCCAGGACCCUCCCACAGGACAACAACCGACUCCAGAGUUUAUCCGGCCUGCGGUGGUGAACCCAUGUAUGUCCGUGAGCCAACUUCGAUUAGCCGUACCGAAAGUUCGCACCCACAUUGUACGCGCUAUCGACUCUGCAGGCAAGCCGACAGAACCUCCUAGCACGUCCGGAGAAUCGAACAAAUCGCGGGUAGAUGUUGUUUUCGAAGCUCGAAAUCCGUCUGGGGCUAGCUUAACAGGACGAGCUGCUGACCGUGAGCCGGUCCGACUCACUCUAUUUCGCGGCGAGCAGCCUCUUUGGCAGGACUUUCUCCCAAGAACUGUUCUCCUCGUUACAGGAAAUCAAAAUAUGUGGUCAGCCGCCUGCGAAGACGGAUCAGUGUACAUCUGGACCCCGGCGGGCCGUCGUCUAGUCAGCGCUCUCGUCCUCGAAGCACAACCCGUUAUCCUAGAAUGCAACGGUCCUUGGAUCCUCUCCAUAUCUGCAGUAGGCAUGUGCUACGUCUGGAACGUCGAGCACCUCUCGUCGCCACAUCCUCCAGUCUCUCUUCAGCCCGUCCUUGAUGCCGCCAUUCACACCCUAGGCGCUCACCCCAGCGCCGCCCCCUCCAUCACCAACGCCCGAAUCAACUCCGAAGGUCGCAUCAUCAUCGCCCUUUCCAACGGCGAAGGAUACGCCUACUCCCCAUCCCUCUACACCUGGCAGCGGCUCUCGGAAGCUUGGUGGGCCGUCGGCAGCCAAUACUGGAACUCGACCGAAGCCCCCGUUGGUAACCUGCAAUCUGCGUCAAACACACAGCAGAAGGACAAAGAUGCCCGAGCAGCCGUCUCAGCUGGCAUCAUCCCGUUCUUAGAACGCAACACCACAAACGAGACACUCCUCCGUGGCCGCGCUUACUUCCUACAACGACUCAUCAAAACCCUUCUGUCAAGAGAAGGAUACGAAAGCUUCGAAUCCAGUGUUUCAAUCGCGCAUUUGGAGAACAGACUCGCUGGUGCGCUCUCUCUUGGUGCAAAGGAGGAAUUCAGGCUAUAUCUGUCCAUGUACGCGAAACGGAUCGGGGCCGAGGGUCUGAGGGGUAAAGUGGAGGAACUACUUAAGGGCAAACACCGAGACCUCCAGCGCGUUACAGUUCCCUACGCAAAAUUGCUAGGGGUUGUCGAUAACGAAUCUGACGCGAACGAUGCGAUGGAGUUAUAA